AAAAAAGAAACAGAAACAGAAAUAGAAAUAGAAACAAAAAAGAAAAAGAAAUCAGGAAAAAAAAAGAAUAGAUGGGAAAUCCCAUUGCUGUCACCACAGCAACUGUGGAACAGAUCUCUCUGAAUCUAGUCUCUCCUGCAACUGGGGUGUCCUUCUAGAAACUGUCUGCUUUUUGCUGGCCUGUUUUGAAACUCUGAGCUGAGAUAACUUUCGUUUUUCAAGCCUCGUCUGACUGCUGGAGCUAUUUCCUCAGAAUCACGAGGACACGCGGAAAAGGGGGAGGAUGAGCUGAUCAGGCAACUUAGAAAGCAAUACACAGGCAAGAGCAGAACCCUCCCCUUGGAGAGUCAGCCAGAAUUUCUUUCUCUCAGCUUCCAACGAGCAUGGGUGGAUUUGUAAGCUACAGUCGCCUUUCCACAGUCAUGGAAAAUCUAAAGGAGCACAGUCCCUGGCACUUCUAUUGGACAUGGGUGAGAAAUUACUUUGGGUUCAUCCUUGUCACUGUCAUCCUGCUUAGUUUACUGAUCAUUGAAUACUCGCGAGCCCCACCAGAGCCAGACACAAAAUGUCCUGAAGACCAAGCAACGCUGCAUGACACCAUCUCCCAACUGGAGGCCGAGAACCGGUCUCUGAAGAAGCAGCUGGCCAUGAUGGAAAAGGAGAAGCAGAGGGUCAAGAAGGUUAUGGACCAGACUCUGGAAAAGACUUUGCAACUUUUGGAAAAGACAAAAGAAGAAGGGGAGGGGCUGAGCAAGCAACUGUCAGUUUCCAACCAGUCCCUUGUAGAAACUAGACGUCUUUUGGAGCAGGCAAAGAAGGAAGGCCAAAGCUUGCAGAGCCAACUGGAGAUAGCCAAGGAGGACCUCCAAAAAACUCAGCAGCAGCAGGAUUCCUGCCAGAAGCAGCUGGCUGAGGCUACAUCCACGGAGGCACAAUUGGCCAUGGAAAAGGCCAAGGAGAAGAUGGAAAAUGCCACCAAGCAGAACCUUGAAAAGACUAGGCAGCUUUUGGAGAAGGCAGAACAGGACAAUCAGGGGCUGCAGAAGCAACUGGCCAUUUCCAACCGCACCCUCGCAGAAACCGAACACCUUUUGGAAAAAGCAACUAAAGACAUCAGAGGUCUGCAAACACAGCUGAAGACCACUAGCCAGAACCACAGAGAGUCCCAAGAGCAUCUGGAUUCCUGCCAGAACCAGCUGCACACGUUGGAAGAAAGACUCAGGUCCCUCGACAAUGAAGCUAAACAAAUACAAAACCUCCAUGACGAAAUCUCCAAUCUUCAGUUGAAGGUAAAAAAAGAACAGGAACUCCGAUACACAUUUCAAAAUGAAAGAGACAGAUGCUGGAACCAAAUCAGUUACCAGCAGAAGAAGUGUUCCAUUGAAGAUGUCUUGGAUUGGUCCAUUGUUGGAUGGGGGAUUGGAAUUCUUGUCCUUUUCUUCUGCUGUGUCGCAUGUUGCCGGCAAGAGAAAUAGCACUGCCAUUAAAGAAGUCCUGGGAUAAAUUAUGGACCUUGCUGUAGCUUGAGAACAAAGUCAUGCUUGGGAGAAAGAGAACACUUACCACUCACUCUUCCUUACCCACCUGAAAAAUAAAUGUCUUUGUCAAGAACUGGAUCUGUUUCUCAACAGAGAUGUAUUUAUGUAUUCAAAAACACUAUUUUCUAAAUAUUUUAAGGGUAUACAGUACUUUAAAUGUAUUAUUAUUAUUUUCUAUGCUGUACUAAUCUUUCAAGUAAAUCACAACACAUGAAAUAAAAUCGCAGGACACAGUUAUCUAUA